CGCCAAGGAAGGGCAUGAACAGGACAACUGCUGACUGGCUAGUUAGACUAGGGCCGUAUGUUAUAGAAUGGGAGACAGCAAACACAAAUCUAUGGCACGAGAAUCACAAUUUCGAUCUCGAUGAAUUCAAUCUCUAUUUGCGGCGCUACAUGACCGGAACACGGUUACGCAUUGUUGAGUACUCCCACCCAGAGGAGUUACCGGAUCCUACUCCGUCGGAUAUGUACCCGAGCUAUGAUACUUCGGGCUCUAGGCAGUACGCGGCUACCUUGACACGCGAACUGUACGACGACGUGACCACGUUUGGACGAUCACUAUCGUCUGGACCUCUUCUUCAACAUUGUCCAGUGGUACAGCCCUUCUUGGAAAGAAUUCAGAAUAAGAUACGGACUGUGUACGAGGCUAUCACGUGCACCCGGAGAACCGAUGUUGUUCAGCACGAGCAGGAGCAGCCGCGUCACUCCAUGCAACGACAUCAACCACGUCCACGCCUAGCACAGCAGCCGACAACCAGGCCACCCCGUCCUGACCAACCUGGCAGUUCUACGUGGCACCCGCAGCACUAUGGUCCCACGUCGAGCUUCGUGUUUUCUCCACAGCCACAGCAGCAUGGUCCCUCCAGUUUCGUGUUUCAGCCAGAGCAGACGUCACACCCAGCAGGUAUGUGUCUUCAUAUUUAUUGUUUUCAAUAUUAAUUGACGCGACCUCAUUCUUCAUGAUGAACCGUUCCAUCGCGUAGGGGCCUAUGGAUAUCAGGCAUCUAUGUCGGCAUCACAUGAUACGUGGGGGAGUGAUCAACAUCCCGAGGACAACAUACAGGCUCAGAUGUCGCAGCACACCCAGUGGAUGAACAUGUUUUCGACUCCUCCACCAGGCCCCACACAGGAUACACAGCAUGACCAGGGAGAGUCUGAGAUUCCUCCUCGUCACGUUAGGGCACCCGACAGGUUGGGAUGGUCCCCGAUUCCAGAUCCGCCUCCCCGCCAGGCCAGACGUCGUCACUGACGCUUCUAUGUAUCUGUAUCAGUAGAGACAUUACCAUCUAUUUCUGUGUAAGACUUAUGUCUAUUCUAUGUAUGAGACAAAUGACU